AUGUUCGGCGAUAGAGUUGUUGUGCCAAACCGCUUUCGCAAACGCAUUCUUCAGCAACUACAUCGAGGCCAUCCGGGGAUGGAGCGAAUGAAAUCCCUUGCAAGAAGUUUCGUGUACUGGCCUAACAUCAAUGAUGCCGUUGAAAAAUAUGUUCGAUGCUGCAGACCCUGUGCUGAAGCUGCUAAAUCACCACGCAAGACGGACCUGGAGUCGUGGCCCAUUCCAUCGAAGCUGUGGGAACGAGUCCAUAUCGAUUAUGCUGGCCCGAUUAAUGGAUACUACUACUUUCUGGUAAUUGACGCAUAUUCAAAAUGGCCAGAAAUCUACCGCACUCGAAGCACAAACACAACGAAAACGUUGGAAAUGCUAGACGAGAUUUUUUCAAGAUUCGGCAAUCCAAAAAUUCUGGUUUCGGAUAAUGGCUCGCAAUUUGUUAGCGCCCGAUUCAAGCAAUUCUGUGAUGAAGCUGGAAUCACCCACUUAACAAUUGCGCCCUACCAUCCACAGUCUAAUGGACAGGCUGAGCGCUUUGUGGACACUUUGAAAAGAGGACUCAAGAAGUUACGAGAGGGAGGAAAUCCAGCAACUUUCCGACAUCUUCAAACUUUCCUUUCCGUUUACCGGUCCACACCCAAUCGAAGUGCUCGUGAUCAUAAGUCACCUGCAGAACUUUUUCUAGGUAGACCCCUCACUACUACACUGGAUCUUCUUAAGCCCCGAAAAUCAAGCACACCAGCUGUAAACAGUAAGCAGAAUAACCAGUUCAAUCAACACCAUGGUACCGUCAAGAGAGAGUUCUCCGCUGAUGAUUUAGUGUACGCAGAGGUUCAUCAUCACAAUCAAACCUCAUGGGUUCGAUUUUGA